AUGGCCGUCCGAAAGAUCCUGACUUGCUUACUCCUUAGCAUCGCCGCAAAUGCACUACCGGUCAGCAACGGCUACAACCAGACUUGUCGCUCUACGACAGAAACAGAAGUCGUGAUACUCGGAGCAGGCAUUGCUGGCAUCACUGCCGCUGCGAAGAAGUAUAAUCUAACAAAUACAUAUCAGGACUUUGACAGCCUCAAGACCUUCACAGAUACAGGUGCUGCUGAUUACACCGACCUGCUCGACAGCUUUGAUGAUGCGUACACGAUCACCGAGCAGGAUGCUGGCUACAUACAAACCCGUGAUUUGCCAGAUCGUAGUGUUCGUGCAGCAUUGAAUGAGGCAGGCUGGAGAUCGACCUUAGAUUCUAAUGCUAGUGCUGUCGAGUGGUUUAAUGCUACCUUCUACCAAUAUUCUGACGACAAUAACUUCGUAUUUGAUUCACGCGGCUUUUCCACAAUCGUUCGAGGUGAAGCUGCUACUUUUCUGAGACCUCACGAUUCACGUCUACUAUUCAACACAAUUGUCACAGGCAUAUCCUACGAGGACACCGGCGUCAUGAUCCAAACUAAGAAUGGUACCUGUAUCAAAGCGUCUUACGCCAUCUGCACGUUCAGUCUGGGCGUACUGCAACGGCUUCCAUCAACAGGUGGCAUAUCCUUCAACCCCCAAUUGCCGGAAUGGAAACAGAAUGCCAUCUCUACCUUCGCUAUAGCUACGUACACCAAAAUAUUUCUACAGUUCGCCAGCGAAGACGUCUUUUGGAACACCUCCACACAAUUCUUUCUUUAUGCUGACCCCUACACCCGCGGCUACUAUCCCCUCUGGCAGUCUCUCGACCACGUGGACUUCCUUCCUGAUAGUGGCAUCAUCUUCUGCACCGUCACAACCCCACAAGCGUACAUUAUCGAAGCUCAGUCCGACGAGGAAACAAGAUCUCAAGCCAUAGCUGUACUCCGCUCUAUGUUUCCUUCCUCCACGGUCCCUGAACCGAUAGCUUCCUUCUAUCAGAGAUGGAGUGAGACGCCAUGGAGCUAUGGGAGUUACUCAAAUUGGCCACCUUAUGUGACGCUAGAGAGUCAUCAAAAUCUUAGAUCGAAUGUGGGUAGAGUGUGGUUUGCCGGCGAGCAUACAAGUGCCGAAUACUAUGGCUUCCUCCAUGGAGCCUUGAUGGAAGGGAAGAAGGCAGGCGACCGCGUCGCCGAAUGUGUCUUAGGAAAGGAGUGUGCAGAGGAGGUCCAUUAUGGAAAGCUAACCAGCUCGACUAGGACAGAUGAAUUCAACGCCUCGAAUGGCUGGGAUGUCAACGUCAGUAAUUUCAAUGUUUCGGGUGGCGGAACAGAAUGGCAGACGUUGAAAAACCUUGUUGCUGAGAAGACUUUAGCCAUCAGCCAUUGA